UCUAAAGCUUGUGAUUUCAUUAAAAACUACAACUUGAUGUGGUGUGGCUUCUGAGCUUGUCUACCCAAGCCCAACACUCGCACCUCCACAUCCUGAAGGUUUUGGACAGGCUAGACGAGGAAAGUCCGUCGUAGUUCGUGAAAGGAUCAAGAGCCACAGGUUGACAGAUUUAAGGUAACUGGUAAAAGAAGCAGAGUUGGCAUGAAAAAUCCUUACCAGAAAACAAUGUAGCUUGUGCUGCACCGCGGAUGGGUGUAUGAAUGGCAGGGGAGAAGUUUCGAUUGAGGCAUUCAGAGACAAGUAUUUUAUUUGAAAAAAUAAAAAAUGUGGUGGGCUGGGGGAAAUAGCGAAUUGCCCCUUCAGGCAUACACAAGAUGGAACAAGCCGUUCUGUGCUGUGACCCGUUACCGCUGUGUGAUUCAAUGGAAGAUGGAAAUAGGAUCAAAAGUGAUGGCUGUCGUUGUAACACAGGUGCUGAAUGUUCUGUCUGAAUAUGGCUGGUACAUCCUCUUCAGCUGCAUUGCUGUCUACUACAUCUUGCAGAGGAUUAAAAGUGUGUUGCAUUCGAGAAGGCACAAGCAGACGCAAGCUUCAGAGGCCCAGCUUGAACCAUCAUUAAUUAUGAGGCGCCAGGAAGCAAUGGAUGCUGCUCGCCAUCGGAUGCAACAGGAGCUGGAUGAACAGGCAGCGAAAUAUCGAGAAAAGCAGAAAGAAAUUGAAGAAGAGAAGAGGAGAGAGAAAAUCGAAGCAUGGGAGAAUAUGCAAGAAGGAAAGAGUUCCCGGAAGAGAACCAACGUGCAUCCUGAGUCAGAAUCCAGUACAUCGAGUGCAACAAAACCCAAAUCUGACAAGAAGCCAUUGAGAGGUGGUUUUAAUCCUCUGACGGGUGAUGGUGGAGGUUCAUGUUCCUGGAGACCGGGACGCAGGGGACCAUCUGCUGGAGCAUGAGGUUAAAUGUUGGUCAGUUGCCCACUUCUACAGUCAGCACUGACCACGGUCGAAGCUGCGUGCUAUCCUGUUACCAUAGCUGGUCAAGUUUAAUUAUUAUUCUGCUUUAAUUAGUUUCAACUUAGUGUUUGUCAUAUCUGAAUUUUAAAUUUUAAGAACAAUUUGGAUAGGCUCUGAAAAUGAUUAAUUUUCAUGUUUAGUCAAAUUUGAAAAAAUUGACAGCUUUGCAUGAUGUCAUCCUCAAAAAUGGCAGUUCAGCCAAUGAGGAUGUCUGAAAAUGGAUAUGGGUAGUGGCAGUAAAUUGACUUAAAUGAAUAUUCCUUGUUUUUAAGUAUGAGUGAGUUUAUUUUGUUUUCACCAAUAAUUAAAAGUAUUAAAUGUUUUAAAUCCCAA